UCACCACCGAACAGAUAAACGCCGUGACGUCGAAUCCAAGAUGGCGGGAUCCCGAGCCACGAUGAAAUUCUGGAAGCCGGGGUCCGAAGCGCCCGGGAUCGCCGAGGAACGUGAACUCAACACCGAGAUCACAGGCUCCACCGUCGUUUUCAAUCCUUUUAUUUCCCUUUCCAUCGAGAAGCAGAGACAGAAGCUCCCCGUUUUCAAGCACAGGAACAACAUCCUGUAUUUGGUGGAGAGCUUUCAGACUGUCGUCAUCGUUGGGGAAACUGGAUGCGGGAAGACGACGCAGAUCCCCCAGUACUUGCUGGAGGCCGGCUGGGCGGCGGAGGGGAGGGUGAUUGGCGUGACCCAGCCUCGACGCGUGGCCGCUAUCUCUGUAGCAGGCCGUGUUGCGGAGGAGAGAGGCGCCCGGUUAGGGCACGAGGUGGGCUACACCAUUCGAUUUGACGACUGCUCUGAUCUUCACGCUACAAGGAUCAAGUUCCUUACAGAUGGAAUAUUAAUCCGGGAGAUGAUGGCUGAUCCGUUGUUGAAAAAAUACAGUGUGUUGAUGCUGGAUGAAGCACACGAGAGAACAUUGUACACAGACAUCGCCAUUGGUCUGCUGAAGAAGAUCCAGAAGAAGCGUCAAGACCUGCGGCUGAUUGUGGCCUCUGCAACUCUGGAUGCCAAGAAAUUCCAUGAGUUCUUCAACUUGAACGAAUCUGGAGAUCCCAACAAGGAUACGUGCGGCAUCCUAACUGUGGAGGGCCGCACCUUCCCGGUGGAUAUUUUCUACACUGUCAGCCCUGUACCCGACUAUUUGAAGGCUGCAGUGGAGACUGUGAUGAAAAUACACGAGACAGAGGAUGCUGGAGAUGUUCUGGUGUUCCUUACCGGACAGGAAGAGGUGGAGAAGGUGGUGUCCCUUUUACAGGACCAGGCCAGGUCCAUGUCACGACAGGGGAUGAAGAAACACCUGAGAAUUUUGCCAAUGUAUUCCGGUUUACCUUACGCCGAGCAGAUGAAGGUCUUUGAGCGGGUGGCUGUUACAGUUCGCAAAGUGGUGGUGGCCACUAACAUAGCUGAGACAUCCAUCACCAUCAAUGGCAUAGUUUUUGUCAUCGACUGUGCUUUUGUCAAACUCCGUGCGUAUAAUCCCAGCACGGCCAUUGAGUCACUGGUGGUAACGCCCAUCUCCAAAGCUUCGGCAAGCCAGCGAGCAGGGAGAGCCGGCCGGAACCGACCAGGGAAAUGCUUCAGACUCUACACAGAGGAGGACUUUGAGAAACUGCCUCAGUCUACUGUGCCAGAGAUGCAGCGCACCAACUUGGCCCCAGUUAUCUUGCAACUCAAAGCUUUGGGCAUUGACAAUGUUCUGCGGUUCAGCUUCCUUUCUCCUCCUCCAGCUCAGAGUAUGGUUCAGGCUCUUGAGCUUCUUUAUGCUCUCGGAGGCUUGGACAAUUAUGGACGUUUGACCGAUCCCAUGGGCGUGCGGAUGGCGGAAUUCCCACUUAGUCCCAUGUUUGCCAAGAUGCUAUUGGAGUCGGGAAACUUUGGCUGCUCCAAAGAGAUUGUCACCAUUGCGGCAAUGAUGCAGAUUCAGAAUAUCUUCGUAGUACCUCCCAAUCAGAAGAAAGCAGCUGCCCGUGAACACAGGAAAUUUGCUGUUGCCGAAGGAGAUCACCUCACCAUGCUGAAUGUGUAUGAAGCUUACAUGAAGCACCAGAAGAGCUCCAAGUGGUGUCAGGAGCAUUUUCUCAACUACAAAGGUCUGCAGCGCGCUGUGACCGUACGAGAGCAGCUGCGGCGUCUCAUGGCCAAGUUCAAGGUGGUGUGGACUUCCAGCGAAGGGGAUCCUGAUGUCAUCCUGAGGUGCAUUGUGUCUGGGUUUUUUGCUAAUGCAGCACGCAUUCACCACUCUGGUUCCUAUCGGACUUUACGAGACGAUCGUGAGCUUCACAUCCACCCCAACUCUGUACUGUACGGAGAAAAACCACCAAAAUGGGUUGUCUUCAAUGAAGUGUUGCAGACAAGCAAGUACUUCAUGCGAGAUGUGACUGCAGUGGAGUCGUCCUGGCUGGUUGAGUUGGCCCCUCACUUCUACAAGCAGGCUAAACACGAUUCACUUGGCAGCAAGCAGUCCCGUAUUCAGUAAAGUCGUUCAUCAUUUCGCCCUCUCACUGUAUAUAAAUACGUCAUAUUUAUUGAUCAUGUCCAUGUGUACAAGUGCAUUUGCUUUUUGGUAGAAACUUUAAAAUUCGGUCCAUGUGGGCGCGAUUGUUAAUGAAUGUGAGACAAAGUCAUACUUGUACAUAGUCAGAGAAGGCUCAGGUCCGGGGAAUUCUUGCAGUCAUACCUGGUUUGAGGCUGUAUUAUUUUUGUAGAAUUCUUUGAUUGCUGGAUGACAAAUGCCUGGGGAAAAAAAUGAAACGAGGAUAUUUUGACACUUGUUUUCUUUUUUAAUUCAUUUGCCCUGUCAUAACCUAGGUGCCUUUAGGAAUGUAACUGAUAACUUCAGCUCCCGUUUAUUUUUAGGUUCUUAAAUUAGUCCUGUGACGACACUGUGAAGAGACCUUUUGUGUAAACAUCCUACUUGAAGUCCAGAUUGUGCAGCCUUUUCACCGUUCAGUGCCAAUUUCCUUCCAUCAGCCUGCUUCUCAUUUCAUUCCUCAAUGAAUUGUGCAAUUACACAUAAAUAUUGUACACGGAAAGCUGUGAAAACCAGACAAUGUGACAUGUUAACGUUGCGUCGUUAAAUGACGUUAAAUGCACUUGGAUGUCGCCUAAAGCCUCAAAAGAACUAGCAUUUAUAAUAUAUAUCUGUUCCAUUUUUUUUUGUUCGCUGCCAGAAUGUCCACAGAUCUUCAAUCGUUCUAAUUUUCCAUCUACCUUAGAAAUACGGUACUAUAGUUCAAUAAGUAGGCUUGCCAUAUUGUGACUUAGUACCUACAAAUACUAAUGUUGUGCAGGUUUCCCUAGAUUUCAGCCAAAACAUCAGCAAACCAUCUAUUAAACAUUUGUCAUUAUAUUACAAGAAUAGCUGUUAAUCAAGAGCAUUCAGUAAUUUAGACAGACGUGCAUGAUUUCUUGUACCACUGAUGUAGAUCUAUAAAACUAAUCGCAGCUCACGAAAGCACAAAAUACAGUAGCUGGGCAAACCUACCGUUGCAUGUUUAAAGUGGUCUGAGGCAUGUUCAUAAAGUUAUUGCCAACAUAAGUACUUGGCAGCUUCUUUUUCUUCCUCACAUCCUGGAAUAAAAUCUCAUCACUGCA